GCACCGCCGGCGACAGCGCCCUCUGGCGGCGAGAGCCGGCACUGCCUGGAGAAAGCGAAUUCUGCGGAAGACCCCUGAGAUCCUAGUGGCCUCUGCGGGGGCGCAGAGAAGAGGAACGUGUGACCGCUAGAAGGGCGGCCUGAUGGAGGCAGGCGUCCCUCUGGGAGGGUCACAAGGAGAGUCAGGGCUACGGCGAUCAGGGAGAGAAGAGGAACGAGGUCAGGACCGAGAUGCCCUUUUCAGAGGACUCCAUGAAGGAGGAGAAGCCUCUAGGAGGGACGCUGUUGAAGAUGCCCAGAGGACUCGGGUGCUGAAGCCCCACGAGCUAAGCCCAGCAGCCCACACGCCCGAGCGCUAUCCCGUGCGCCCGUAGCUCCGGCCGGCUGUCUGUCCGAAGACCGGCCGGUGAUUGGCUGCGGCGCCGGGCGGAAGUGAUGCCGCCGUCCCUGGCUCCGGCUCCCGGGAAGCCGCGAGUUUCCGCAAGGAGGCGGCGGCAGCAGCUGCGGCAGGGUCGGUAUGCAGCCUGUGCUCAGAAUCAACACUACUCACCGAAAGUGAUGCCUUUGCUUCAGUUACACAAGAUGAGUGUGAUGCAGUUAGCCAGACCAGGAGCUCAACGCCACACAGAGCCCAGCCUGCUGCUCUGAUGCCGAAGGGGAGGCAGAAAGUGCCACACUUAGAUGCCCCCCUGGGGCUGCCCACCUGCCUGUGGCUGGAAUUGGCUGGGCUCUUCUUAUUGGUUCCCUUUGUUAUGGGCUUGGCAGAGACAAGUGGGCCCGAUGCCCAAGCCCCAGGGGGGCUCAGCUGGGCUGUGCAUCUGGACAGCCUGGAAGGUGAUCGGGAGGAAGAGCAUCUGGAGCAGCAAGCAGAUGCCGUGGCCCAGGAAGCAGGGCUGGUGAAUGCCGGGCGCAUCGGAGAGCUCCGGGGCCACUACCUCUUCGUGCAGCCAGCUGGGCCCAGCCAGGCCAUGGAGGUGCAGUCUGUCCGACAGCAGGCUGAGGCCGUGUUAGCUGGGCAUGAAGCUGUCCGCUGGCACUCAGAGCAGAGGCUGCUGAAGCGGACCAAGCGCACCGUCCAUUUCAAUGACCCCAAGUACCCACAGCAGUGGCACCUGUGUGUCAUUGGAUUCCCACCGCAUCUCCUACAGAAUAACCAGCGGAGCCCCGGCAGGGACAUCAACGUGACAGGUGUGUGGGAGCGCAAUGUAACUGGGCGCGGGGUGACGGUGGUGGUGGUGGAUGAUGGUGUAGAGCACACCGUCCAGGACAUCGCACCCAACUAUGUAAGUGGCCCAGAACCACACGCCCGUCCCAUGUCUGAGCUCCUUCCACACUAUGCUUCAGCCUUGUUCCCCUCCCUAGCAGGCACUGAGCCAAACCAAAUAGCCUCGGAGGUGGGGUGGGGUGCUUUCUCCUCUCCUGUCCCAGCCAGCUUUGCAGCCUGGCAGUUAGGAUGCAGCAGGUGCUCCAGCCCCAAGGGAGAGGACCUCAGCAGAACUUCCUGCUUCCUGUUGCUGCUCCCUCUCUGCAGAAGCCCUGAAGGUAGCUAUGAUCUCAACUCGAAUGACCCUGACCCCAUGCCCCACCCGGAUUUGGAGAAUGGCAACCACCACGGUACUCGGUGUGCUGGCGAGAUCGCUGCUGUGCCCAACAACAGCUUCUGUGCAGUAGGCGUAGCCUACGGGAGCCGCAUAGCAGGCAUCCGGGUACUGGACGGGCCACUGACAGACAGUAUGGAGGCUGUGGCAUUCAACAAGCACUAUCAGAUCAAUGACAUCUACAGCUGCAGCUGGGGCCCAGAUGAUGAUGGGAAGACAGUGGACGGCCCCCACCAACUUGGAAAGGCUGCCUUGCAGCACGGGGUGAUGGCUGGCCGCCAGGGCUUUGGGAGCAUCUUCGUGGUGGCCAGUGGUAACGGGGGCCAACACAAUGACAACUGCAACUACGAUGGCUAUGCCAACUCCAUCUACACCGUCACCAUAGGUGCUGUGGAUGAGGAGGGACGGAUGCCUUUUUAUGCAGAAGAGUGUGCCUCCAUGCUGGCGGUCACCUUCAGUGGUGGGGACAAGAUGCUCCGGAGCAUUGUGACCACUGACUGGGACCUUCAGAAGGGCACCGGCUGCACAGAGGGGCACACAGGGACCUCUGCAGCAGCACCUCUGGCAGCUGGCAUGAUAGCCCUCAUGCUGCAGGUGCGGCCCUGUCUCACAUGGCGCGACGUUCAGCACAUCAUUGUCUUCACAGCCACCCAGUAUGAGGAUCACCAUGCAGAUUGGCUCACCAAUGAGGCGGGCUUCAGCCACAGCCACCAGCACGGUUUUGGGCUGCUCAAUGCUUGGAGACUCGUCAAUGCAGCCAAGGUGAACAGGUGUGGGCAGGAUCUGGACGUCUGUCCCUUACUUAGCUUCCUACGUCAGCCCUGUGCUGAAAGAGAACAAGGCUAUUCUUCGGUCCCCGCACUUGCUGGAGGUCCUGUGGAAUGGAUGGACCUGGAGAUGUCGGGGCUGAAGACCCUGGAGCAUGUAGCAGUGACAGUCUCCAUCGCCCACCCUCGCCGCGGCAGCUUGGAACUGAAACUCUUUUGUCCCAGUGGCAUGGUGUCCCUUAUUGGCACCCCCCGCAGCAUGGACUCGGAUCCCAGUGGCUUCGAUGACUGGACUUUCUCCACUGUGCGGUGCUGGGGGGAAAGAGCAAAAGGCACCUACAGACUGGUUAUCAGGGAUGUAGGUGAUGAGCCACCCCAGUUGGGCAUCCUCCAGCAGUGGCAGCUGACCUUGUAUGGCUCCAUGUGGAGUCCAGUGGACAUUAGGGAAAGACAAAGGCUGUUAGAAAGUGCCAUGAGUGGGAAAUACCUGCAUGAUGGCUUCUCUCUGCCCUGCCCACCUGGACUGGAGAUUCCUGAGGAAGAUGGUUAUACCAUCACCCCUAAUACCCUGAAGACCCUGGUGCUGGUGGGCUGUUUCACCAUCUUCUGGACCAUUUACUACAUGCUGGAGAUAUAUCUGAGCCACAAGAAUGUGGCUUCCACCCAGGGUUGUAGGAACGGACCCUGCCACUGGCCCCAACGAAGCCGAAAAUCCAGAGAGGAAGGGACAGAGCUAGAAUCAGUGCCACUUUGCAACAGUAAGGAUCUAAAUGGAGCAGAGACAGAGAACAGGAGCCCUCCCACCACCGCUGACCUCCUUGCCCCAGACUUGCUCCAUGAAGGGGACUGGACCUUGUCCCAGAACAGCCAGAGUGCCCUGGACUGCCCUUAUCAGCACCAACAGCCAGACCUGUUGCAGGGGAAGGAGGAACAGAUUUGCUGACCUCAGGGCCUGGUAGACUUGGAAUGGGUCAGGCUCUUCCUUCCCAAAAUUGGGGAACCUGCUCCCAACUUUGAAGAGCUCUGGGGAGAAAGUAGUCCUGAUGCUUACAUCUGGAACUUGAGGUCUCAACAGCAUUCUCUGGCUACCCUUGGGGAGGGUGAGGACCUUCGUAAAUAGAAGCGGCAGAAGACAGAACCAGAGAGAGGACAGUCUGGAGAGAGGCUAGGAUCCUAACUGACUGGAUGCUUUUGAUGAGAAAGGCUUGCCAAGGGGUUGGCAAAAUUGCUGCCACCAUUUCUCUUGGGCAAGCUAGUGACGCAGGUCCUAGAGAUCCCUACCCAUGUAGGUUGAAAAGGUGCUUGUGUGGCCAGGAGAGUCCUCAACAGAAACAUCGCUGGGAUCACUAGGAAGGAGUGUGGCGGGAGACCCUGGGAAGAGCCCCAGGCUUGCCUGCCCUGAAUCAGCGCCUUCCUUAGCCUUUCCUAGGAGUGUCACUCCGGGGCAAUACCAGGCUUGAAUGUGCCUGACCCCCUUCAUCACUCCUGCUCUUCUUCCUGAAGGAUUGGCACAGUGCUCCUGGCAUAGCUGGGGAGAGUCAUGGCUCCCCAGGGCCCCUACUGCCUCAAGAGGUCUGUGGUGGGACUGAGGAGCAGGUGUGAGAUACAAGUGUUUUAGGAGAAGCCAAGGAAGCCACUGCCACUGCAGCCCUGUGACCACCCUGUCUUCCUCGGCAGUGCUCAGGGAAAAGCCCUUCCCCUGGAGGCCUACUGUCUGCCUGACAACCUGUGACUUUUCUUCCCAUUCUUGGCCUCCUCCCUUCUUCUGAGCUAAUUGAUUGAUUGGACUUUUUUUAAUGCUUAAAAUUUGAUUUUCUCUUUUCACAGCAACAUUUUGUUGAAUUUUUUUCUGCACAGCUUUUCCAAAAUAAAGACCUUCCAAACAAUU